AGGGUUAAUAGAGUUAAUUAAAGAUUCGACAAACUGAUAUGAGAGACUCGACAACGUGCUUAUGGCUUGCAUUUCACAGGGACGUGUCGUAUUUCGGGGUUAAUUCAUGUCGUUUUGAUUGAGCACAACAACUUUGAGAAAGGGCUCGUAGCUUCAAAACCCCGGGAGAGAGAGAGAGUGAUUGAGAGGUAAAUAGAGUGUUAAAAAGAGCGGGAACGUUCAGGAGGUCCUCGGAGCUUUGCCCUAGUUCCUAAUUGCACUACUCCGUGCCCCAAUUCAGGUGUUCACCAAUAUCUCCUUAUUUCUUUCUUUCGUUUUUUCCCCUUUGCUUCAAUGGGAGGGGCCAGCCAGUAGAUAUUUAGGUAGGGAUGCAUGGAUGUAACUCAGGAUCAGCUCUCUUAGUAAAUGCUGAGGUUGAUUCCAUGGGAGGUAUUGUUGAUGGUGGAGAUGGGAUUGGUGUCAAGACCUCUCCGCCCAGAGCAGCUAUUGAGAGGGCUCAAGCAGAGCUUAGACAGGAGUACGAUGUUCGUGAGGAAAGAAGAAGGGAACUGGAGUUUCUUGAGAAAGGUGGCAAUCCCUUGGAUUUCAAAUUCAGCAAUGUAGCAUCAGUUAGUGUCCAGUCUACGUCUCUUAAUGAUCAGCAAGCAGAACAUGUUGUUAUCAGUGAAGCAAAAGGUAGUUUUGCAUUGACUGCCUCACCUCAUGGUGAUUCUGUAGAGAGUAGUGGUAGACCAGGGAUUCCUGCAGUUUGUGAACCCAAUAGUGCCGAUAACCUCUUACUUUUUGAUGGUGAAAAUGAGUUGCCUGAAAGUGAAAGGAAAUUUAUGCAUUCUCGUAAGAGGAAUACUGUUGUUCCAUCAGAGCAAUCUUCUCAGAUGGAUUGGGCUCAAAAUGCCAAGGAAUCAGAAGAUUCUGCUAUUUUCCGCCCGUAUGCUCGAAGGAACAGAUCAAAAAUAAAUCGUGAUGGAGCACGAUCAAGUUCAACAGAGAUGAUUCAGUGUCGAGGUGGUCAUUGCUCUUCUUUACCCGCUCAUGGAUCAUCAAAGGAUGAUAAGGCUUUGACAUCAGAAACAAAUAACCAAAAGGAGAAGAACACACCCUCUGUUAAUACUAGAAAAUUUGUGACUUCAAAUGGUGAUUUGGCUUCAGAGGUGAAAACUUCUGGUAAUCAGUUGAAUGUGGAGUUAGAUGGUAAGCAGGCUGCCGAAGCAACAACUGACCAAUCAAGAGGUGAUCUAUCCAAUAGCAAGGUUGAUGCUACAGUACCUAACGAAGCUGUUCAACUGGAGGCUCGCAAAUCUCCAGUUAACUUGGUUUCUGAGGAACCUGAUCCUGUUGGUGGAAAGGAACAGGUAGUUUCAACUGGUUUUGAAUGUCCACCUAGUACAGGUGCCACCAAAGCUGAAAAUGAAACUAUUUCUAAAAAGCUAAAUGGGGCUGGUGAUGCCAAAAGAGAUGGGAAAGACAUAAAACUUGAAGGGAAAAAUAGUAGUGUCACACGAGGGGUGAAGGUAUUAGAUUCGGAGUCCGCUUGCACUGAAAACAGCUUAAGCUUAGAUGUAAAUAAUGAUAAUGGUGUAUGUAUUAAUCCAAAAAAUGUUGAAUCUAAAGGAAAGCCCAUGGAAAAAAAAUCCGAAAAAGAGGAAUCACUAAACUUUGCUGUUGGUGAAUUGUCAAAAGAAAAUAAUGAGACCAUGUCUGUUGAUAAUGUUGCUAUUAUUUAUGAUACUAAUACUUCCUUGAACCAAAAUCAUUCUCUUAACAAUUCUAUGGGAAAAGUGGAGGAAGAAAUUAGAUCUGUAUUGCAAAACGAAGUGAGUUUACCUUCCAACAAUGAGGCGCAACAAAGCUGUCACCCUGUAUCAGAAGCUGAUGGGAAAACUAGUACUGUGCUGGGUAAUAAUUCUAACUCGAAAAGUGAAAACAUUUCUUCUAGUAGGCCUUUAGUCACCAUGGGUAACUUUAUUUGUGAGAUUCCUGAGAAGACUUUGUUAGGAAAAACCCCUACUGCUAAUACUGAUGUUCCAACCAGUUUGGAUAAUCAUGUGAAAGAGGUGGAAAAGACGCAUGAAGAUUCAAUCUUGGAAGAGGCUCGGAUUAUAGAGGCUAAGCGGCAAAGGACUGCAGAGCUAUCUGUCAGUACCUUGCCCUUGGAGAAUCGACAAAAAUCUCACUGGGAUUUUGUGCUUGAGGAAAUGGCAUGGUUGGCAAAUGAUUUUGCUCAGGAGCGUCUUUGGAAGAUGACUGCUGCUGCUCAUUUAUGUCGAUUUGCUGCUUUUACUUCACGAUUGAAGUAUGAAGAACUAAAUCAGUUCCGGAAACUCAAAGGAGUAGCUUUAACCCUUGCCAAUGCUGUCAUGGAGUUUUGGCAUUCAGCAGAGGUGCUUCUAAAUAGUAAGGAUAGAAGUCUUGGUCCAAAGAUCUCUGGUCAUGAUUUGGUGGGGUUAAGAGCCAAUGAAGUUACCGAGAACAAGAAUAUGGAACUGGAUAUGGAUGUGAGUAAGGAGCAGCAGGAGCUCCCCGGAAAGACUAAUGAUCUUGCUAUUCGGGCAUAUGCUCUUAGAUUUUUCAAAUAUAGCAGCUCCCCUGUUCAUGCACUUCAAGCUGAAGCACCAGGAAAACCUGACAGUAUAUCCAAUGUCGGCAUUAUAGACAUUCCUUGGAAUGAACACCUAACAGAUGAAAGCCUCUUUUAUUCUGUUCCUUCCGGUUCUAUGGAAACCUACAGGAGAUCUAUUGAAUCUUAUUUGGUACAGAUCGAGAAAACUGGGAGUAGUGCACAAGAGGAAGUUGAAACAUCUGCUUGUGAUGCUGGAGCGGAGUUUGCAUAUGGUGACUUUUUUUGUGAAGAGGAUGAAGGAGAAACAAGUACAUAUUCUUUGCCUGGAGCCUUGGAAGGUAGAAAAUCAUCAAAACUAAACAAGAAGCGGAAGAACCCUAUGAAAUCAUUUCCUGUGAGGCCAUAUGAAACCUGUGCUGAUUUGUCAUAUGGAAACUGUGCUCAGCAGUCCAUGUUGAUUGGCAAAAGGCCAGGUAGUAGUUUAAAUGUUCAUUCUAUUCCAACAAAACGUGUGCGCACUGGGUCCAGACAGAGGCUCUUAAGUCCUUUUAGCAGUGCCACUGCUCCGACAAAAACAGAUGCUUCCAGUGGGGAUAAUAAUUCUUUUCAGGAUGAUCAGAGUACUUUGCAAGGAGGAUUCCAGAUUUAUAAAAGCAUGGAGGUUGAAUCAACUGGGGAUUUUGCUAGGCAGCUUCCAUAUGACUAUGCAGAAACACCAACAAAACCAAAAAAGAAGAAAAAAGUCAAGAAUCUUGGUUCUACAUAUGAUCAGGAUUGGCAGCUGGAAUCUACCACUCAAAAUGAACAGCGAGAUUAUUCCAAAAAGAGAUCAGAGAGUCAUCAUUUUGAUCCUAAUGGAACCAGCGUUUUAUAUGGGCAACAUAAUGCCACGAAGCUGAAGGUAAUUAAGCAACAACCAGAUAAUGCUUUUGACAUCAAUCCCAGUGGAUCCAUCCCUUCACCAGUGGGAUCACAAAUGAGCAAUAUGUCCAACCCCAACAAAAUCAUUAGAUUAAGUCAUGGUCGUGACAGAGUUAGAAAAGUCAAAACACCCAAGAUGUCUGCUGGGGAGCCUGGUUCUGGUUGUCCGUGGUCACUAUUUGAAGAUCAGGCACUUGUUGUACUAGUUCAUGACAUGGGUCCUAAUUGGGAGCUUGUAAGUGAUGCCAUCAACGGUAUCCUUCAAUUUAAGUGCGUAUUCCGCAAUCCUAAAGAAUGCAAGGAACAUCAUAAAAUUUUAAUGGAUAGAAGUGGAGAUGGAGCUGACAGUGCUGAUGAUUCAGGAUCUUCUCUGUCAUAUCCAUCCACAUUGCCUGGCAUUCCCAAGGGCAGUGCGAGACAGCUGUUUCAACGUUUGCAAGGGCCGAUGGAAGAGGAUACUCUCAAGUCUCAUUUCGAGAAAAUUGUACUUGUUGGCAAGAAACAGCACUGCUGGCAGACUCAGCAUGGUAACCAGGGUUUGAAGCAGAUAGUGCCUGUCCACAACUCCCAUGUUAUUGCUAUUUCACAAGUCUGCCCUAAUAACCUAAAUGGAGGGAUUCUAACGCCUCUCGAUCUUUGUGAUGCUGCUGCAUCAAGUCAAGAUGUUCUACCCCUUGGAUAUCAGGCUUCUCACACAAGUGGUUUAGCAGCAUCAAAUCAAGGAGCUGCGGGAUCAACGCCUCCUGCCUCUGGAGCAAAUUCCUCACUACAGGGAUCUUCUGGUCUGGUUCUUGGUAGUAAUUUAGCAUCACCGUCUACACCACUCAAUGCAUCUGUGAGGAUUGGUAGGAAUGAUGUUCCCAGAACAUCUUUGCCAACUGAUGAGCAGCAUAGAAUGCAGCAAUAUAAUCAAAUGUUAUCUGGCAGGAAUAUUCAGCAGUCAAACUUCUCUCUCCCUGGGGCUGUGUCUGGAUCAGAUCGUAUGGUUCGUAUGCUACCUGGUGGAAAUAAUUUGGGAAUGAUGUGUGGUAUAAAUAGAAGCAUGCCAAUGUCAAGGCCAGGCUUCCAAGGGAUGACAUCAUCAGCAAUGCUGAACUCUAGCAGCAUGCUCUCCUCCAAUUUGGUGGGAAUGCCAAGCCCCGUCCAUAUGCACCCAGGUUCUGGUCAAGUAAACUCAAUGUUGAGGCCUCGUGACACCAAGCACAUGAUGCGAUCUGGCCACAGUCCAGACCCCCAAAGGCAAUUAAUGGUACCUGAGCUCCAAUUGCAGGCUCAAGGGACCAGCCAGGGAAUCCCUGCUUUCAAUGGGUUGAAUUCUGCUUACCCUAAUCAAUCAACUACAUCUGUUCAGUCGUAUCCUGGUCAUCCCCAGCAGCAAACGCCUUCACAGCAGUCUCAUGUGCUGAGCAACUCUCAUCAUUCUCAAAAUCAGGUUUCCAAUCAUGCUAAUGGGCCACAGCAGCAAGCAUAUGCCAUGCGCCUUGCUAAAGAAAGGCAAAUGCAACAGCAGCCCCAGCAACAGAAGCAACAACAGUUCGCUGCAUCUAGUGGUUUGAUGCCACACGUCCAACCUCAAACCCAACUUCCCAUAACCUCUUCUCUUCAGAAUAAUUCCCAGAUUCAAUCUCAAGCUGCAACUCAACCAGUAUCACUCCCCUCUCCAUCUUCAUCAGUGACUAGUAUGUCAUUACAGCACCAACAGAAACACCACUUGGCCCCUCAUGGGCUUGGUAGGAAUCCCCAAACUGGUGCUAGUGGAUUGAACAAUCAGAUAGGCAAGCAAUGGCAGCGGCAACCUUGGCAACAGCAGCAGCAGUAUCAACAAUCUGGCAGGCACCAUCCUCAGCAACGACAACAAACACAGUCUCAACAGCAAACUAAACUUUUGAAGGGAGUGGGAAGAGGGAACAUGCUGGUGCAUCAUAACCUUUCUACUGAUCCUGCUCAUCUGAAUGGCCUCAGCGUGGCCUCUAGAAACCAAACUGCUGAGAAAGGAGAGCAAACCACGCAGUUGAUGCAAGGUCAAGGUUUGUAUUCCGAGCCUGGUACGAGCCCUGUCCAACAAUCUAAACCUUUAGUUUCCCAGCCACAACAAAAACAAUUUUCUGGGGCAACACCCCCUUCUACAAAGCAACUCCAGCAGAUGGCUUCCCAUUCUGAUAAUAGUUCUCAAGGUCAAGUUUUCACAGUGCCCUCUGGCCAUACACCAUCAGCUGUGAAUCAAUGCAUCCUGCCAACAUCUGUGGGUCCCAACCCCCAGCAUUUGCAGCUACAGUCACAGCCAAACCAAAAGAAGGUUCAUCAAAACCAAACUGCUGUUCAAAGGAUGCUUCAACAGAGUCGAGCAGUGAAUUCUGAUCCUUCCUGCAAAUCUCAAUCUGAGCCAGCUCAAGCUGACCAACAGCCCAUGAACAAUGCUUCACAGAUGAGUACAACCACAGCCAAAGCAAUGUCCCAAGUUGGUAUCGAUUUACCAAACAACACAGUGCAAAAUGUUCCUUCUUCUGCUGGUUCUCAGUGGAAAUCAUCAGAACCAGUGUAUAAUCCUGGUAUGCCAACUGUGGCCACUCAAAUGGGAUCCAUAGGAAGCCCCCCUCUUACAAAUUCAGCUGGUAAUGUUCCAGUACCUUCUGUCAGCCAAGGGUUAGAUCAGAGACAAUUACCGGGUGGCUUACCACCUCAUGGGAACAAGGCUGGGGCACAGCAGCCACAACAGCCACAAAUACAACAAUCCCCAACACCAUCCCCAUCUCAACAGCACUGCCAGCUGCAAGAGCAAUUACUGCAAGAUCUGCAUAAUUCACCCACACAGCAGCAGCAGCAGUCACAACAGCAAACACCGCAUCUGCAAGCUGUACAAGGUAGCUUAUAUCACGGGCCUUCCAGUUCUAAGCUGGAAUGAAAAAUCUUGUGCACGGAUUAGUUCCAACAGCGAAAGGGUUCUGCUUGGUUGGGUUUGCAUGCCUUUGUAACAGCAGUGUACAGAUGAAGCUGGUUAUUCUGCAAGGGCAUUGCAAUAUGGAAAGAGGUCGUUUCAAUUUGCAGGUUAGAAAUUAACAGGAAAAAUGGACCCUUUUUUCUUCUUUUUUGGUUUUUUGGGAAGUUAUGUAUAUUAUUGGUGAUCUAAACUUAAGAGUAUUGGGAAAAUGAAGACAGAAUAUAGAGGCAUUUGUACAUAACUCACGUCUUCGUUUUCCCCUACUUUAUACUACUACGUUUCCUGCUGGGGAAGGGAGGGGGAGUCUUAUUUGUUAUUGGCCCAGGAGAUUUGUGGCA